GUGCCUCAGUUUGCUCUCGGUAGGCCAACGGUGUGGACGCGAACGCGAUUUAGUCCGGAUUUUACUUCUCGUUUCAGUUUCGUUACGUGCAAAAAGGAUCCUCCGGUGUGGAAGUUGGUCGUCGAAUUUGAAGACCAAUUAUGAGAAUGGAUUAUGCAAAUCGCGCGCAUCUUCGCGAACGAUACUAGAAAGGGGCCGAAUUUAAAUCUACAGAUUAAGGUGUCCAGCGGGCGAAGGCCAAUUCGGAAAAAUUACGUAAAUGAUUGUUGGUUGAUAUCGAUAGCAAUUAAUUAAUUACUAAAAUGGUGCGGCAUCGCCUCACACCAGCGCCGGUACCUAUCUCUGCUAUCUACUAACCAACAGCUUGUAAGAACAGACGAUCAGCCUUACGCCGUUGUUGGGAACACCGAAUAAAUCAACCGUGGCAAAUGAGAGGGACAGCUUUGACACGUUGAACAAGAUCCGGAACAAAGUGGGCUCAACUUUCAAUUCAGAGCACACCCGUAGAAACAGUGAAGCCGGAAAAGUACUCAGUGUUAUACAGUGGGGCGAUCGAAUCGCCAGUCGAGUUUUGCUGUUAUUUGAACGAUCUCAUUGUGAAUUAUAAGAAUGGCCAGAGUGGAGAAACAAAGAUCUCGGAUGAUAGGAAUCGUUAUCGGUGCAGCUUUAAUACUCAAUCUCACAGGAGUGCACUCUGCGGUAGCCUCUCGCGAAUGGGAUCCGAGCGCAAGCGCCGCCCGGAGGUACCACACCGACGGUAAUAGCAGCAGCAUCACCAACUACAGCAGGAGCCUCCCGUACAAUGUUAAUCAUGGCCAAGUGAGUCGAAGUGGACGCCACAACCACAACGCUGGCGCCACCGCCGGUCGAGGUAGCAACGAUCUCGUUCCGAUAGCUGGCACCAAAUCAUCCGAUCGGUACGGUGCAGGAAAAACGCAGUACAUGUACGAGCACAUGCAGAGUGGGUCAAUAAUGUUACCGAAGGGAGGCCGAGCGUUUCUAGAACCGGACCAAAAUAGAACCUUGGCGUACAUGUCCAAACUAGGCACAACGGUCUAUCGCCAAAAGCCGCACAGGAAUCGCGGCCAUCGGCAACGACAACAACACACUGACUGGUCGACCAAUCGUCGAUCGCAUGAUUCCAGUGUUAAAACGACUGUUGUCAACGGGUUGUGUAUCAAGUGUCCCGCGGAGAAAACCGCUAUAGCGCGAAAAGGCCUGGACGGAGUGCUAAUCGAACCGCCAAUGGUGACAACCUGCCGCAAUCAACCGAUCUCGCGUGACCUGUACGAGCUGGAAACACUGUUCGGUAGCAAGUUCAACUUUAUUCUGCCACAUUCGAACGGUGGAGGCCCGUUUUCAUUUCUAGCCAAGGUCGUCAACAAGCGCAGUGGAAAGACUAUUCAGACGUGUGAUUUACGAUACAAAGUUAUCGUGAAGCAGUGUGGAAGAUAUUACCCUAAGAACAAAGAUUUGAAGCCCAUAUGCGAUUUGGGAACGAUCUGGGGUUCCAGGUGCACAUUCUUCUGCAGGAACGAUGGUUAUCUGAGCCGACAGGAUGCCUUCGUGGAAUGCGGAGAAGAUCAAACCUGGGAAGGUGAAGAACCGUAUUGCGUUUAUAACGAAGUUUCCGAUGACUACGCGUACGACAGUGACGCCCCACAUACCACGGAUUGCACUUAUCUUAUCCCACCUAGCCAUGGUCGGUUUGCGUGCGAAAUAAAACCGAGUGACGUUAGCUUAAGCGAUCAGUACGUCCCGGAAGGGACUGUAUGCCGAAUCAAGUGUAACGAGCAUUAUGAUAUCCCGGCACAACUCCGACAGGCAUCCGUGUUUGGCUGUAACGACGGCCGCUGGAACUCCACUAUGAGGCACUUCUGCCACAAGACGGGUGGAGGAAUGCAUCCGAAACGAAGAUACGGUUAGGACAAACGGAAUCGCAGGAAACCGAUUCCACUAGUUUCACAACUGUAGAUUGUUAGAAUAAGCAUUACAAGAUAAGGACAUUGAUUUAUUGCUUCGAAACUAGCGCGAACUUGAAUGUGAUUUUGUGUAAGGAAAUGACAUUCUUCCCUGCUCGGAAGUGGGGAGAAGUAAAAGAUUACACUAACGUUUACGACGGAGAUUUUCGUCAACGCUGAUAACUGUUUUUUCCUCUUGAUGACAGUGCGAUAUUGAAUGCAUUAUUCUGACGUAUUAUUUACAUUACUAAAUAGCUGUUAUCGCUCCAAGUUGCGAUUGCUGGGUGCAUUUUCUAGCGAAGGAAUUAUCUCGGCUGCAUGACAAUAUGUAACAUAUUUUAGAAGAAAACAUUCGACUCAAUGUAAUCAUAAAAACGCUUGUUCAUAUUUAUCGACCGUUGAA